GUGGAGCAGUUAUAUCACCAUGUAAUCCUUCAUAUAAAGAAGGAGAAAUGCAGCAUAACUUCAAAAUCACGGAACCAAAGAUGCUCAUUAUAUCUGAUGAAACAAUCGAUGUCGUGAAGAGAGUUGUCGAACAAACCAAUACCAUCAGGGUCAAAUAAGCAUAUCAAAUUCUAAAACUAAUGGUUGUAUUACAUAUUAAUGAAAUAUUACUAAACUCUACGAAAAAUAAUAUAAUUAUAUAUACAACGGACAAAAAGGAGUGUUCAGAAGGUUUAAUUUUAUUUUUAUUGUAGUUGAACCUCAUUGAUAGAAUACCUGCCUUACAUACAUACACCCUUGUAUCAUCGUUAGCGUUACAGUAUAUUGUAGUGUCCACCACCAUCUCGCAGUUUUGUCUUGUGUACAUUUUUAACCAAAUGGAUUAUAGCCGAAUUAAAAAAUGAAAGUAAGUCAUUAGAAGUGUUGAAAUAAAUUAUUAUUUUGUUUCCUAUAAUUUCCAUUUGGCUCCGGCUCGAAAACGACCUUAUGUGUUUGUAUUUUAGAAAAUCAUUGUCAUUGGGAAAAGUGAUGACUUUGAAACGUGGGAUGAAGGCAUUUUAGCAAUUGAAAAGGAGCAAGAAGCAGUGGUCCGUAAUUUCAAAAUAUCACCAAAAGAGGAUUUGGCCAUUUUGCCUUAUUCAAGUGGAACUACAGGAAUGCCAAAAUGUGUAAUGCACACCCAUUACAGUAUGAUUGCACGUUAUUACAUUGCUGGUAUCAUUUCGGCCACAAGCGAGGAGAAACGAUUUACAAUGAAAGACCGAUGUUUCAUGUCAAUGGAUAUGUGCUUGUUUCAGUAGCUUUGCAGGGAGGGUGUAAAGUUAUUAUGGACCGUGAAUUCGAUGUUGAAAGAACCCUGGUUGCUAUGCAAAAUUACCGGGUGAAUCAUUUCAUUAUGGUGCCGCCAAUCAUGCUGGAAAUGUCCCAAACAGAUUUGCAUAAGAGGUAUGAUACGUCAUCAUGGAAAACCUCGUUGACCGGUGGUGCGUCAAUUUCAACUUCAAUAAUGAAAGAUGUUGCCGAACGGUUCAACAUUAAAAUGGUUCCAGGUUAUGCAAUGACGAAAUUUAUCCCUAUUUCAAUAAACAACAAUGUACACUCGUUCGCUGGUGCGGUCGGUUCAAUCAGCGUCAAUAUUGAGAUGAUGAUUGCUGAUCCAAAUACCGGAAUAGAAUUGAAAUCCGGAGAAGAUGGUGAAAUUUUAGUCAAAGGCCCACAGAUGACUAAAGGAUAUUACAGAAAUAUCGAAGCUACAGAACAAACAAUAAACAAAGACGGAUUUCUUCACACCGGUGAUAUCGGACAUAUUCAAAAUAAUAUGGUGUACGUAGUGGGUCGUAUCAAGGAAAUUAUAAAGUAUAAAACUUUUCAGGUGCCACCAGCCGAAAUUGAAAAUAUUCUUCUAAAACAUCCCGGCGUUAGGGAUGCUGGAGUGGUUGGAAUUCCUGAUCAGCUUUGUGGAGAAUUACCAAGAGCUUUGGUUGUACGAAAACAACUUUCAUCUGUCAGUUCUGAUGAACUUCUUGAGCUUAUUAAAAGAGAACUUGUAGACUACAAACAGUUAAGAGGUGGCAUCCAAUUUGUUGACAAAAUACCGAAAUCAAAACUGGGAAAAAUUGAUCGCAUAGAGUUGAAGAAGUUGGCUACUCAUUAGUUGAAGAAAUUGGAUAACAAACACAAAGAAAUACAAAUAAUUGUACCCAAAACAUAAUAAUAGUGUAAUUAAAUGGACCUUUCCCAUCCUGGUGUGUUAAAAAAUCAACUAACAUUAAAAGCGAAGGGUCCAGUUGCAAACUUCGUUACUAUUUAACGUGUUAGUAAAGCAUUCGCCAAAUAUUGUAAAUAGUCGUUAAAUUCUUUUUCGCCGAAUCAGAGGUUUCGUAAAGUGCCUACUUUGACAUUCGCCAUUCAAUAUAUGCUUGUUCAGCCCUGGCGUCUGACGAUUGCAAGUGAUAAUACGACUGAGUCAUCAGACAGCGUUUUUCUUCAAGUGUUUAUGAGAUUUUUCUAGAAUCGCAAUAAGAGAUUUCGCUAUUGCAUUUUUGAAAGACGCAGUUGCGUGCUUGUAGACCUUGCUUUUUACGAAAAUGAGCUGGGCAACAUACUGUUGUUCUACUGUUGCAAUUUAAAUACUGUAUGUAUAUAUAUUGUACAAGGCAACUUGCCAAACGCAAGGUCACGCGUACUCACUC